AAUAACUUUAUAUUUUUCUGCUCUCUACUUUUUGCUCUGUUCUGUUUUUUUUAUCAACAAAAGAGAUCUUGGUCCUAGAAAUCAUCUCAUUCUAAUCCCAAAACCCAUCUUUACAACUUGAUAUCUGGAAUAAGAAUUUUGGGUUUUCUUCAAAAAAUCAUCAGGGAAUUUUUCAGAAUUUUUUUUGAGAGUUUUUAGAAAUUUCUUUGGAGAUUCUUUUUUAUGAUGUCUAUUGCAUUUGAAGGUGGCUGUGGUUCUAGUUUCAUUCAUCAUGGUGGUGGUGGGAUGUCUUGUAUUUCAAUCUUAGGUAAUGGUGGAGCUGCUGGUUUUGGUGGUGGUGUCAAAGAUCAGAUGAAUGUUUUAAAGAGAGGAGAAGAGGAGGUGGUGGGAUUUGGUGGCGGUGGUGGUGGUGGUGAUAGUGGUAGUGGUAGUGGUGGUGGUGAUAGUUGCAGUAGUUCUUCAUCAAUCGGAAAAAACAGUGAUUUAUCAAAUGGAGGUGGUGGUGGUGGUUCUGAUGAUGAUGAUGGUGAAGUUCAAAGCUCUUAUAAGGGUGGUCCUUUUGAUUCUAUGGUGGAUUCAUUGGAGGAUGUUUUGCCAAUCAGGAAAGGAAUAUCGAAGUUCUACUGUGGUAAAUCGAAAUCGUUUACUAGUUUAAGAGAUGCAACAUCUUCAUCCUCCAUUAAAGAAAUUGCCAAGCCUGAGAAUGUGUAUAGCAAGAAGCGAAAGAACUUACUUGCUUGCAGUAUCAUUUUGGGGGAUAAGAGUAAAAACUUUCCAUUGAGAAGUAAUGGUGGAGGAAUAUCAAAGAGAUCAAUCACUACUAGUCGAAGUUCACUAGCGCUUGCAGUUGCAAUGAACAAGACCAACAGCAAUGAAAGCAACUGCACAAGUGAGAAUUCAAGUUCACCACCACCACUACCUAGGUAUCGUCCUCCUCUUCAUCCAAAUGCGAAACAAGCAUUUAACAAAGAUGAUAUUGAAUCACCGCUGAAUUCAUCCCCAUCGUCUCCUCAAAAGGGUUUCUCUAAUACAUCAUGGCGGUCAUUCUCAUUGGCCGACCUACAAUAUGCUGCAGCUAAUUCUGCAACUGCUAGUAACCCCAGAUCAAUCGGCAUAGUAGACAAACAAAAGAAGUUCCAUUAACACAGUUCAGUUCGGUUUCUAUUACCUUUUUUUUCCCUUCAUGCUAAGCUAAUAUGAUAAAAUGUCGGUAUGUCUGAACUCUAAAACAGUUUUUAGUUUAGGUGGUAUGUUCUGUAAAUGGUGUCUGUCUGCCUGUUUUACGUGUUAACCUUAAGUCAAUAUGUAUCUGCUCAAUCCCUUAAACAAGCUUUUAUUGUUUGGGCAAGUUGGGGGAUUAUAAACCUUUAAAUAAUCAAUACAAGUUCUUAAUUUUAGAGGAGAA